AUGUUGAAGCUCAACAGGCGAUUGGCGGCAGAUCCACAGGCUCAUACACUAUACCGGAAAUUCAUUAAGGAGUAUGAGGCCUUGGAUCACAUGCAACGGGCACCAUCGACGUCAGAGACACGGCUGGCAUACUACUUGCCUCAUCACGGAGUGCUGAGACCGGAUAGCACGACGACCAAACUAAGGGUCGUAUUCGACGCUUCACAUCGAAGCUCUACGGGAGUGUCACUGAAUGAUAUCCUUCAUUCAGGACCGAAACUUCAAACGGAGUGCUCUGACGUCCUCAUCUGGCUUCGUCGGCAUCGAUUGGUCUUCGGAGCGGACAUCGAGAAAAUGUUCCGCCAGAUUCGCGUCCAUCAGGAUGAUUGGGACUAUCAACGAAUCUUCUGGAAGGACGACGACGGCCAGAUCAUCGAAUAUCGGUUAACAACGGUCACUUACGGGACCAGCUGUGCACCUUGGCUGUCUCUUCGGGUGCUGAAGCAGCUGGCAAUCGAUGAAGCUCAUCGAUUUCCUUUGGCUUUAUCAACGUUCGCACGGGGGCGAUACGUUGACGAUAUCUACGGAGGUGCAGAAACCGAAGAGGAAUUGGAAGCAAUAAUCAAGGAUCUAAUCGGACUCUGCAUGGCGGGCGGCAUGCCACUGCAGAAAUGGUGCAGCAACGCGCCACGGACACUCGGACAACUCGGAAUAUCGGCGGAAUCAGCUCCAACUAUCGAAUUCGGGGAAUCAUCAGUGAAAGUGCUGGGCCUCUGCUGGCAGCCUCAGACAGACACUUUCCACUUCAAGGCAAGAAACUUCAGCGGAGACACCAUCACCAAACGCGUAAUCCUGUCCGAGAUUGCGCAAAUUUAUGAUCCUUUGGGACUAAUAGCACCGGUCACCAUCACGUCAAAAAUAUUCAUUCAAGAAUUGUGGCUGCUCAAACUCGACUGGGACGAGCAAAUACCAAUGACACACGCUAAACGGUGGAGAAGUUUCAGGGAGGAACUUCAACGGCUGAGCAGCCUAUCAAUACCACGAUGGCUACGUCUUUCAGCGGGAAAGAAAAUACAACUUCACGGAUUUGCGGACGCAUCGACCCUGGCAAUGGGUGCAUCGGUCUAUCUUCGAUCCUGGUCAGCAUCAUCGGGAGUCAACGUCAACUUGGUUUGUGCCAAAACCAAGGUGGCUCCCCUCAAGAAGAUGACCAUUCCACGGCUGGAGCUCACGGCAGCUGUCAUGGUCACAAAUCUAAUGGCCUAUGUACAGCGAGCUCUGGAACUUGACGAUGCGGAGCUCUACUUAUGGAGCGACUCAUCAGUAGCCAUCGCAUGGAUCAACGGAGAUCCAUCACGGUGGAAGGACUUUGUGCAGAACAGGGUUCUCAAGAUCCAAGAAACCCUGCCUACUGCCAAAUGGAAUCACAUCAACGGCAAGGAGAAUCCAGCGGACUGCGCAUCAAGAGGAAUAUCACCACCGGAAUUGCGGGAGCAUCAUCUCUGGUGGACUGGACCAUCAUGGCUUGUCCAACCACCAGAACAAUGGGUAGCAGCAUCAACGGAAGGAGCAUCAACGGAAUUAGCAUCAGCCUCGGAAUUAGCAUCAGCGGUGGCAAUGGAGGCGAAACCACCCACCACCAGCUCAUAUCCAGUGCACAUUGUCGACGAAGAUGCACUGAUCAAUCGGAUUUCGUCAUGGAACAAGCUAGCUCGAAUCACAGCCUGGGUGAAUCGAGCAAUAAACAAAUUCAAGGGACAACCAACACCGGAUUCUCCACAACUCGGAACUACGGAAAUAGAGGACGGAAGACUAUUCUGGGUUAAGUACACCCAACAGCGAUACUUCGAACGGGAAAUCAACAUAUUGAAGGCUGGAAGAUCACUGGCAGCCAAGCAUCGUAUGGCGACGCUGACGCCAUACCUGGAGAACGACCUCAUCAGAGGAGCUUCCACGGGGGAACGCAACUCACGUUGGCACACAUCCGGCAGAGGUACUGGAUCAUCGGAGGACGGGCACCAGUACGCUCACACAUAUUAA